AAAAAAAAAAAGAGAGAGAGAGAGAGAGAGAGAGGCUUGCUUUUGUUGUGUGUCUUUACAGUAGAAAAUGAAGCUUGGAGAGCCGGAGCAGGAGGCAGUGCCAGUCCGCUGCUGCUGUUGUGGGCUGGACUGGAUUACAGAGCCUGAGAUCUGUACUGACAGCACAGGCAGACAAAAAGGGACUGUGAGCGAAGACAAGGGAAAGAGUCUUCUACUGAGCUGGAAAAGCCAGGGCGAGUGCUAGAGUACAGUUUUCCCCCCAAUAAGCGAUAUUUUGGGAGCUAUUUGUGCAGUGUGUGUAUGUUAUUAGAUAAGUGCUGGCACGGGGCAUCAGGUUAAAGGACUAGGUAGCCUACUGGGGAAAAGGUUUAACACCCUCAUUAUAGUAAAGGUGGAUUUACCUUUUUUUGGGUUCUUAAAAGGCAGAACAUCUGCAUAGAAGGAAUAUUUUUGAAUGGGUGCUGCAUAGAAAUGUUGGCAUGCUGGCUUGUUGGAUGUACCUUUUGUUAUGUAUCAAGUUGAUUAUUAGCCAUUUUUUUCAAAUGGUUAUUUUGCAUGUUAAAAACACAAGUGAAAGGGUGUAGCAGAGCAUUUGGGGACAGCAUGCAUGCUGCAGAAUCCAGAUGAGCUUCAUUACAUGACAACCUGUGUCCAAGGAGACAAUGUAAAGUUGAUGAUGGUGGUUGACUGUGACAGAUUGGUUUUGUUUGUCUGCUGGUGCAGAAAAGGUGCUCUGUGUUUGAAAUGUCCACCAGCAUUUGGAUACAUGACUGUUCGUUGAAAUGCCUUUUUUUUAAAAAAGCCUGCAGUUUUCUUCCACAUAGAAUACCAUGUCUGUGAUGUAAUGGAUGAGAAUUGAUAUUCUGGACACAUAGACAAGCCAUAUGUGUUUUAGGCUACAAUACAAGGGACUUUCUGGGCCUAGACUGUAGGCCAUGCCUUGAGAAUGAUCCAGAAUAAGACUGUAAGCUGUUGAAUGUUGCAUCCUGAUAUCAUAAAGCAGCCAGAUGUCUUCAGUGUCAGACAGUGAAGGAGGGAGAGUUUGCUGACCUUCGACGAGGAGUUGGUUCCAGGAGAAGAAAGAUGUGGCGUCACCUGCUCAAUUUACCAUGGCGGGACAUGUUCACUGAGCAGAUAUUUGCUUUAACUUGAAAAGCUCUUCCUCUAGCGGAAUUGACAGCUUGGUGAUAACGUGUUUAAUAGAUCAUUUUACACCUCUGUCACAGGAUUUGAUGGACUGCCUUUGGGGAUCUUUGUUUGGAACCUAGCUUGGUUCAGUGACACGAUGCAGUUUUGAGUUUCCCGUAAAAGGCUUUAUCUAUUGGAUAUUACAUGGUCACCUUGGAUCUAAUACAUAGAUAACAUUCGCUUGGAUAUUGCGGAGAUUCUCCUCGGGGGGGGGGGUUCACACGAGUGGAGGUCAAGCAGAACCAGCGCUUGGCCCUUGAAGAGUUUGAUUCUCUGUAAGAGGAGGGCUUAUUUGGAUGUUUCCUAUGAAGGACAUGGAUGGGCCUCGCUCUAGUGGCCUCCGCAAGAAGAGGAAGUCAAGGUCAGCAAGGAAUCGGGAGAGGAGAUCAAGUGGGAUAAGGAACAACCAUGUUAAGGGCGCCGUCUUUCGCUUCUCCUCUGACUCAGAGCGGGAGGGCGAUAGGGAGCCCUCCUCAUCCCACCAUCGACCCCCGCGGAGAAAGCGAAAGGAGUCUACUUCUGCUGAAGAGGACAUCAUCGAUGGCUUCUCCAUCACCGGGUUUGUGACCUUUGAGGCUCUGGAGAAGAACAUGACACUGAAGCCCCAGGCGUGCAGAGACAACCAGGCAGUGUGCCUCCACAAGAAAAAGCCUGCCAGGGUCCCCAACGGCCUGAGCCUGGAGUCCUGCAAGAACAAUCACCACCACCAACAGCCUUCAGACCAGGAGAACAUCCCCCGCCUGGCACACACACAAGGCAAGAGGAAGAAGAAACACCUGAACAAGAAACACACAAUGCUGAAGCCAGGGCAGAACAACUGUAAGGACAGUGACAGCGAGAGUGUAAGCGGAGAGUCCAAGCCCUCCAUCAGGAGCAGCUCCAGAGACCGACUGACCGAUUGUGACACCGACAGUGACCAAGACGACAAGUGCAGAUCAUCCUCCUCCGCACAGCAGUACAGUAAUGACACCGCAGAGCGUAAGGCCACAGGAGAGAGGAAUACCUCCUGA